AUUUAACUCUUUAAGUAUGAAUUCUUGUCUGCUAAAAAACUCUAACCCUAGACGCUGAAUCAUAUUUAUAUGGUAAUUAAUCCAUCUUAAACGUUCAUCGAUAAAAGUAUUAAAAUAAAUUGCUUUCAAGAUUAUCGGAUUUGCAUUGACAAGGCAUCGGAGAACCGGGGACGAAUCGAUACACAAAACAAACAAACAUGAAGAUCAUGGUGGCUAUAAAGCGUGUAGUUGACUACGCCGUCAAGAUCCGAAUCAAAUCCGACAAGACUGGAGUGGAGACAUCAAAUGUGAAGAUGUCGAUGAACCCUUUUUGCGAAAUAGCUCUUGAAGAAGCUCUUAAGAUCAAGGAAUCCAAACUUGCUUCAGAGGUGAUUGCUGUGAGUAUCGGCCCAGCUCAGUGCGUCGACACUCUCCGAACCGGCCUAGCCAUGGGCGCCGAUCGUGCGAUUCAUGUCGAUGCACCAGCUACCCUUUUCCCACUUUCAAUCGCUAAGAUCCUCAAAGCGCUUGUUGAUGUUGAAAAGCCUGGGCUUCUAAUUCUUGGCAAACAGGCGAUUGAUGAUGAUUGCAAUCAAACAGGCCAGAUGGUGGCUGGGCUUCUAAACUGGCCACAAGGGACAUUUGCUUCUAAGGUUGUUCUUGACAAAGAGAAGAAUGUAGCAACAGUUGAUAGAGAGGUUGAUGGUGGCCUUGAAACUUUGUGUUUGGAUUUACCUGCGGUUAUCACAACCGAUUUAAGGCUAAAUCAGCCAAGAUACGCGACACUUCCAAACAUAAUGAAGGCAAAAUCAAAACCAAUCAAGAAAAUGACACCACAGGAAUUGAAGGUGGAAAUAAGAUCGGAUAUGGAGGUUUUACAUGUGAAAGAGCCUCAAAAGAGAAAAGCGGGUGUUAUACUUUCUUCUGUUGAUGAAUUAAUAGACAAACUUAAGAAUGAAGCCCAUGUAAUCUAAAACAUUUUUAUGUACGUUUGUUACUUCAAGACUUAAAAAGUCAUUAAAUCACAAUGUAAUUUGUCAUUUCUACUUAAUAAUUUCAUUCAAUUCA